CCAGAAGGAGUAGGGGUGGGUGGAGGACGAGCAUUGAGCUUCCCGGGCUUCAUUAGGUACCAUAUAUCAUUCCCCUCCUUGUGUACCAACUUCGUAGAUCGUGGAAUCACAUAUUUCUCAGUAUCCUACGCGAUUAGAGUUCUGAUUAACCGAAAUGGCUACUCUCAAUGGCGACGCACGACGCGUUCUUCGAGUUGGUAUUAUCGGUUGCGGCGAGAUAGCCCAGGUUGCUCAUAUCCCAAACAUCAAUUUCCUAUCGCAUCUAUUCCGAACGACAUACCUCUGCGAUAUCUCGAAGGAUGCACUCGCACACUGCUCAAAGAAGGUCAAUGGUGCCACUCCGAAAACUACUACAAAUCCCGAAGAAUUAUGUUCCUCCGAUGAAGUCGAUGUUGUCUUAAUUGCCAAUGCAGACGCCUACCACGUAGAACACGGGAUCCUCGCGCUUAAACACAACAAAUACUGUUUGAUCGAGAAGCCGGUCGCAGUCACCUUCCGAGAUCUCGACAGACUUGUAGAGGCGGAGAAGGCCUCUAACGGUAAAGUCUUCGUCGGCACGAUGCGCCGGUUUGCUUCGGCCUUUGUCGACGCCGUGCAAGAAGUCGGUGGCUUCGACAAGAUCCUAUACGCUCGUGUUAGAGAUAUAAUCGGCCCUAACUCGGUCUUCGUUGACCAAUCCGGAACGUUUCCCCAGAAGUUCAGCGACUUUACUGAAGCCGACACCAAGGAUCGAUUAAGUCGCGAAGAUGACAUUCAUCAGCAAGCGCUAGAAAAGGAAUUCGGGGUUCCAAUUACCCCUGAAUCAAGGAGGAUGUUGCGAGUUCUUGGAGGUCUUGGAACGCACGAUCUAUCGGCUAUGCGCGAAAUUAUCGGCAUGCCCAAAGGUGUCUCGGGGGCAAUGCUCACUUUUCCCGGUAUUUACAGUGUUCUCUUCGACUACGGGAAUUUCCCUGUAACCUACGAGUCGGGAAUAAUUAAUGUUCCUGAAUUCGACGCUCAUAUCGAAGUAUAUUCCUCAGACAAAAUCGUUCGGGUUGAAUUCGACACGCCUUACAUCAAGGGGCUCCCGACACUCAUGAUCGUGAAAGAGAAAGUUGGCAGCGCAGGUUUUCAAGAACGAAGGGUGAGAAGAACUUAUGAAGAUGCGUAUACGUUGGAACUGCAAGAACUUUACAGCUGUGUCAUUGAAGGGAAGUCGACGAAAACCAGUGCUGUUGAUGCAAGGAACGACAUUGAACUAUUUAGAAUGAUACUGAAAGCCGGUGCAGAUAGAUAUCGUUAGUAUACCCUAGGUAGUUAAUUUAUUGGUG